GUGCUUAUGAAAAUGGGCUAAAAAGUGUAUGUAAAUUGGGGGCAUGUGACUAAAUGUAUAAACGCAAUAGUUUAUACGCACAUACUUUAGCGUAUCUGUGUCUAUUUACACAUAAUUAUUAGCUUACGCUUGCUUUAAGGAAAUUUUUGUUUAAAAACUCACGCAUUUAAAUAACCACUCAUCAUUCAGACGUUCAUCAUUUAACUUAACUAAACAGUUUUUCAAAAAGAAAAAAAAAAAAAAAAAUUAAUUUCCUUUGACUACGAAAAUUAUGGCUUUUCUUAAGAUUACAAUUGUUUGGUUGAGUUUAGUGGCUUUUACGGAAUGCGCAUUGCUGCGAGCAGCUCCCGUUGCAUUGCCAGCUGCUCCUGUUGCGGCAGCUGUUCCAUUAGCCACUGAAAUCGAUCCUCAUCCUCAGUACGCGUUUGCGUAUAACGUACAAGACGCCUUGACUGGUGAUAGUAAAAGUCAACAGGAGAUCCGUGACGGCGAUAUCGUUAAAGGCUCCUAUUCCGUUGUGGAUGCUGAUGGCUCAUUGCGUACGGUUUUCUAUACAGCUGAUCCUAUUAAUGGCUUCAAUGCCGUUGUCCAGCGUGGAUCGGUGCCAGCGCCCAUUGUUAAACCUGUACCAGUGCCACUGCCAGUGCCUGCGCGUUUAUUUUAAAUAUCUAAAUAGCGUCGCCUGUACGCUAUCGUCCUUUAUUAAUUUAUAUUAUUGCUUAUUAGUUACUUAAGUUAAAUACGAUAUUUUUGACAUUUUAUUGUUGAUUUAUUUUAAAUUUAUGUUAGACAAAAAAAAACAAAAAUUAAAACUAGAAAUUGCUUAGUCAUUGGUUUUAAUAAAUGUAAUGAUUAGAAAUACCUUGAAAACCCAGAAAUGAUUUAUUGAUAUAUCAAAAGUAAUUGAUUAUUAGUUAAAAUGCUACGAAAUUCAAGGUUUUGCGGUAAACGAUGCUUAUUGAGAUCAUGGUUUACGAAAGACAUGAAUUAAUUGAUUCAAGUCAAUAACAAAUAAAAAUACGUUAAGUGCCUACUAUGAGAUCCUUUACAUCACUACUUGACGCGAUAUCAUUUUUCACUAUUUUAGAAAAAAUAUCAUUGGCGAAUGACUCAUUAGUUCGAUUAUUUAAGAGUGUUGGUCGAGUGAUCGUCGGUUGUUAGGGGAAAUAUGUUAGAGCUCGCAUUGUCAUGACGAAAAUCUUCCGGCAAAUAAAUGGUUGUAUAGCAGUUAAAGUUGACCCUUUCACGUUGCAGUGGAGGCGUUAUUGCUAAUUUAGUCUAAAGAAUGAAUGAACAUUUGGUUUAUUUACAUCGAGUCGGCAACCGUUUACAUUUCGACUCAUGUGCAUCGACUGUUCAUUCGUCCAUCACCUGCUACGAUCUUAUAUAGCUUCGUUGAAGAAAUGCCAUUGUGUGUGCAUUUCUUAAGCAUUCGUUUGCACUCGCGCGAUCAUCUUUUUAAGAAUUUUUUUUUUUUUAUGUCAUGUGAGAUUCAAUAAAGACAAACUUUUUUCACGGCUGGUAGAACUCAUAUGUAAGAUUAUCUCAAUCUUGCUGUUUAUCGCAUGUCGAUCUUGCCUUAUUAGUUUUUGCAAAGCAUCAAAAAUGUUCACACACACACAAUCAGUGAUUUUGAAUGACUUAUAUGGCCACGAUGAAACCUAUUAUACUAGCGUUUCACACCAGCAAUGGAUUGAAGCUUACUCGUCAAAAUCAGGAGUAAGUUGAUCGACGCAGUCCUGUCGUCAUAAUAUAUAUGUUAAUUCACAAACAAAAGACGAAAUUUUCUGAAGAAAGUUAUGAUUAAAAAUAUUAUAAUAUUCCAGCCGAAAUGUCGAAUGGCGUCUGGCAACACUUAAUGUUGCUAAGGCUUAAAAUAUAAAUAGUGCUCUACGUAUAAAGUUUUGAUCGUUCUACGGAUUAAUUAAAUCGAUUUUUUUAAUUUCAUCUAAUGACAACAAAAACAGUUACUUUGAGAUAAACUCUAGACAUUCAAGACAAUAUUUUGAAAGCAACUGCCAAGAUUGAUAUAUAGCUUAUGGGGUUGCCGAUGGCCAUUUUUCGAGCAAUAAUCUAUCUAUACUUCUAUAUGAGAACCUGAUAUGAAUGAAAGUUUGUCUUAUAAUGGCCAUGAAUUGUUUUUGUAUAUAUGGUGUCAUACAAUGGAAACAAAGCACUAACGUUAACGAUUAAACCAAACAUUGAACUAUUUAUUCAUAAAUAAAGUCAAUAUGUUCGUCUAAUUACGUUUUGCGCGAUUCAAUUCGACAACGAGUAGAGUGAAUGUGAGCAAAACGACACACAUUUGGAUAAUUUCCGCACAAGAAUGCAUCGUUAUCGGAAAUUCAAACUAACCCUGGUAACGGCAACGUUCAAGGCUUGACCCGUGAACGAAUGCAUGCAUUAAGUUUAAGUGACAAGCUGUCUCCAUAAAUAUAUUCCGCAAUCAAUUACAACGAAACACAAUCCUUCAAAUAUUUCGAGAAUUUCGUUGAAUUAUUUGCAUUCCUCCCUCUACUGGCCUUGUUUCUCGUAGAAUAUCGCAAUUGCAAAUUUUGUACAAUGUGCUCAGCAAUUUUGCAUACAAUUUUCAGUUGAAUGCACUAACACAAAGACUUUAAUGUCAGUUGUUGUUUGCCCGACAUCUCUUAAGCCCAGCAAACUACAAAAACUAACAUUUAUAUGACGUGAACAUCGUCUGUAUAUUCUGAUAAUUUUUUUAAUAUUCCUUUGAAAGCCCGAAGAACCUCAAAUAGAUUUCAUCUUCGAACUUGAAGGUAUCUUCAAUCGUAACAGAUCGUAUACAUGUUUCUAUAAGUUUAUUUAUUUGGGUAUUAGUUGAGUGACGUUUUCCCGACAAAUGAUUUAAUCUGCAGUUAUUUCAAGAAAUGGCAAACAUUACAAAUAGUCUGUAUACGUUCAAAUAAUAGCGGGACUUAAGCAGUUAAGGUAGAAAUUUGCUCUUGUUUAUUCCCUUACACUUCAAUGAUUUGUAUGAAUUUUUCUAAAAAUUAAUUCUUGGAUUAAUAUAAUCAAUCAUAAGAUUGCGUCAGCAAUUUUGUAAUUUCAACUCGUUUCUCUCGUAUUACCUUAGGUAUAGUCUAAAAAGUAUUGAGCUUCAUAAAAUAGAUAGCCCUAUUUAAUUUUAAAUAUCAUUUUAUAUGAAUGCGAAACGAGUAAAUAAUUAUAUAGAUAUAUAUGUAAUUAUGUUCGCCUUCGUUCGAUUUACUCGACUAUUUCAUGACGUAUACGCAUAUACAUAUAUAUAUAUAUAUAUAUAUAUGAUGUUGACAUCUAGUAUCCAUGCAGAUGCAAAUUAUAAAUUAUAUAAACUCGAUUAUAGCAAAAUAUUGAUAAUAGAGUAACAAUCAUCAGAUAAUACAUUAAAAUAUUUUGGUUUCGUUUUUAUUUUUACGUUUUCGAAAAUUGCGUUAAGCCUAAAAGCAUGUGCGUUUGCGAAUAAGCUGCAUGCCUGCGCUUAUACGCUCACUCAUAAAGUCACAGCUCAAGCAUUGCACUCGAUUUGUAGAAAAAUGCCAACAACAAGCAUAUGUAACAAUAACAACAUCAGUUAUAAUAGCACU